AGGUGGAAAAGUUGUGCUAUGUGCCAGUGUUCCAUAUGUGCGUAGUGUACUUUUAGUGGGAAUUUUCUUUGAUCGAGUGUGACGAAAACCUUGGGAAAAUAUUGUAUCCUACCCAAGGCUAUCGCAUCUCACUCGCAGUCACAGUCGUUCGAGGAAAAAACCAUUCAUCUGCGUGAAGACGAUGUCAUUUUUUGGUUCACGCGACCAUGAAGGCUACGUUGGCAGAGAGGAACAUAUGCGAAAGCUCGAAACUGCCAACUCCGAAGAUGAUACCGAUAUGGUGGAACUGGCACUCGGCGGACUCCACAUCGCCGAAGGUGUACGGCCUACGGCGGGUGGUCCUUUCUCCGCCCUGACACCCUCGAUGUGGCCACAAGACAUUUUAACCAAACUGGGCCAACCGGACCCGGACGAACCACCGAACCAUCAGCCCGACUAUCGGUUCGACGAAUUUGGGUUCCGCGUGGAGGAAGAGGACGGUCCCGAACCGAGCUCGAACAAGCUGCUCAGCAUACCGUUCAUUGAAGAUCCGGCCCAGCGUUUGCAGUGGAUCGCUCAUUUAGAAUUCUCGCACAACAAGGAAGCGACCGAGCUGACGUGGGAAAGCGUUGACGUAGUUCUGCCCCGUACGGAGAAACUUCGCUCGAUGGUGCGUGCUGGCAUUCCCCACUCGUUGCGACCCCAAAUGUGGAUGCGACUGUCCGGUGCGCUACAGAAGAAGCUGAAAUCUGAAACGAGCUAUCAGGAAAUCGUAAAAGCGUCCUCCAAUGAUCAACUGAUGACGUCGAAACAAAUCGAAAAGGAUCUGCUGCGCAUCAUGCCCACGAAUGCUUGCUUCAGCUCGCUCAACGGGACGGGUGUACCGCGUUUGAGGCGCAUUCUACGAGGCAUCGCAUGGCUCUAUCCGGAUAUAGGGUACUGUCAGGGGACGGGCGUUAUCGCGGCGUCGCUGCUGCUGCUGCUCGAGGAGGAAGAUGCCUUCUGGAUGAUGUCAACGAUAGUGGAGGAUCUGCUACCUGCCUCCUACUAUUCGUCCACCCUGCUUGGUAUCCAGGCCGAUCAGCGCGUGAUGCAGACACUUAUCGGAAACUAUCUAACGGCGGUAGACGAAACCCUCAAAAGCCACGACAUUGAACUAUCCCUGAUCACACUCCACUGGUUUCUAACGCUGUUUGCUAGCGUCGUACACAUGAAGAUACUGCUGCGCAUCUGGGACUGGUUCUUCUACGAUGGUUCGAUCGUGCUCUUCCAGCUGACACUCGGGUUGCUCAAGAUCAAGGAACCGAACGUGAAGAAUCUGGAAAAUUCGGCUCAAAUCUUUAACUCACUGUCUGACCUGCCGGGUGACAUCGACGAUGUGGAACAUCUGUUCGCGGUAUCGCUAGACGUUGGUGGAUCACUGUCGCCCAUGGUAAUUGAAACGCAUCGCCGCCGUCAUCUCGCGUAUCUAAUGGCCGACCAGGGUGGAUUGGUGGGCAAUCCGGAGGCGACCUCAAACCUGCCUAAGCAGCAGCUCGUCCGUCGGCAGAUGAAAAAGUCCAAAUCCAUGCUACAAACGAUCUUGUUUGGGAACGGUACCGAAGGGGACGAUGAGCUAAAAUGUAAAAAUAUCCGUACUACGGAGCAGCUGGUAGAUCUGCGCGAGGCGAUCCUCAAGGUGGCACGUCAUUUUCUCGCCAUCGAACCGAAACUAGCAGCACAUAUCAAGCUGGUAGCGGAUUACGGCAUGGAUAGCCAUGCGAAGGAUCACGAGAACUAUAUAAACGUGUCGCGCACACGCAGCCGUCGGGCAAAGGCACUGCAUGACUUCGAGCGGCACGACGACGACGAGCUGGGCUUCCGGAAGAACGAUAUCAUUACGAUCGUGAGCCAGAAGGACGAACACUGUUGGGUGGGUGAGCUGAACGGGCUGCGCGGUUGGUUUCCGGCCAAAUUUGUCGAACUGCUGGACGAACGGAGCAAACAGUACAGCUGCGCCGGAGAUGAUGCAAUCUCGGAGACGGUCACGGAUCUGGUACGGGGCACGUUAGCACCAACGGUCAAGCAGGUUCUCGAGCACGGCAUGAAGCGUCCAUCCUUUCUCGGUGGACCCUGCCAUCCGUGGCUGUUCAUCGAGGAGGCCGCUACGCGGGAAGUCGAGAAAGACUUCGAAUCCGUUUACUCACGGCUGGUGCUGUGCAAAACCUAUCGGCUGGAUGAGGAUGGCAAGGUGUUGACACCCGAGGAACUGCUCUACCGUUGUGUGCAAUCUGUAAACCAAAGUCACGAUGCGGCUCACGCCCAGAUGGACGUGAAGCUACGCUCGCUGAUCUGUCUCGGGCUAAACGAGCAGGUGCUCCAUCUGUGGCUUGAGGCACUCUGUAGCUGUACCGAGAUUGUCCAAAAGUGGUACCAACCGUGGAGCUUCGUCUACUCACCCGGAUGGGUGCAGAUCAAAUGCGAACUGCGACUACUAUCCCAGUUUGCUUUCAACCUUAACCCAAACUGGGAACUGCCCGCCAAACGGGAAGCCGUCCAAAGCCAACCGCUGAAGGACGGUGUACGAGAUAUGCUCGUGAAGCAUCAUCUCUUCUCGUGGGAUCUCUAAUGUUCCUUCCCGAGUCCUCAUGCGUGUGUGUGUGUGAAAGAGAGAGGUAAACUUAUUAGUUUAUUUUUGAUUCGUUUUUAAGUUCCGAUUCGUUAACAUAUAACUAGCUAUGUUUUGAUUAGAUUUGUUUGGACGUUUUUACCGUGUUCCACAAUCCUUCCCUCGUCGUGUUUAAUGUGUUGUUUAUACUCUCAAAUCUGUUUUGUAUAAUGUAAGAAUUUUAGCCCCACCCGUUUUCCACUCCGAUUAAGUUGUUGAUUUUUGUUACUCAGUUCCAAUUUUGCAUUAGUCAAUGUUUUGUUUCCAUUAGUUCUGUGUGCAAUAACAGUAUUACAAAUUAACUCGUACUCCACACCGGAGAGAGCUCUUAGUGUGAAACAAUUCCAAUGUGAGAUUUUUAAAAUAUCGGUCUAUCUAAGAUAUGAUUGUUUGUUUGUUUGUUUUAUAAAUAAUUUUAAAUCUAAUUUUACAACAAUCCUAUUUUAUUUUUAUCAUAUGGCUAAAAUUACGUGUUUGAAUACAUGAUUAUGCUGUUGCGUAACAACUUCCUCAAUCCUCAAUAAUAGAUUAUUUUUUAAUGUUUGUUUUUAAUAAAAUGGUUUCAAUGCUUUUAUCUUUCCAUUCCUAACCCUACGAAAGCUCUAUCGAGGACGGUGAAAACAGUCCUUCUUUCUCGUAGAUAGACGAUACGCAACUGAUUAGGUGUAUGUGUGUGUAUGUGCGUGUGUUUUAUGUAUAAUAUCAACAUCGUUAAUGCAAACAAUUACAAAGUACAGAGUUCAAAUAUCAAGCGCUUCUCUGCCUUUUAACCUACACACUGAGUCAAGCUGCGAAGAAUCAAGCUAACGAAUCAAGUAUAAAUGGAAGUCAUACUGUACACAAAAAUGCCUCUGCAAAUUAU